UUUUUUCUAUUGGUCAUAACCUAAAUAGAACUCCCCAAAGCGGCUAUAUGUGCCACUUUUCAAAAAACAACACUACCCCAUGACCAUUACCAUUCCAAUACUGCCGCAAAGGGAACAUCUCCAGUGCAUUACCGGCUGCUAAUAGUGAGACGGAGCAGCGACCAUGGCGGAGCAAAGCCGUUGUUGCCUCCAGAGAGGGCAGUACCUUGGCGAAAUAUCUGCCCUCUGCUUUCUACACCUUCCUCCGGACUUCUCUUCACUUCCUUUUCUUCUAGCUGGAACUGGUUCACAAAUUCUCGUCUAUGAUUUGACGAUUGGGAAAUUGAUAAGAUCAUUUGAUGUCUUCGACGGAAUUCGUGUGCAUGGAGUUUCUUUGCAGGCAUUUAAUGAAGACUUAUCGGAUUCACAUGUUACUUUUAAGAUUGCAGUCUAUGGUGAGAGGAGAGUUAAACUUUUCAGCUUGCAAAUUAUAAGGGUUUCUAACUCUCAAAUUGAGCAACAAGCAUGUUUCGAUUUAACUUUAAGUCUCGUCCUCCUGCUACCUAAGUUUACGCAUUGGGUUUUGGAUGUUAGCUUUUUGAAGUGGGAUGGCGCUACUUCUUCAAACAAUGGUAGUGAUUGUCUUGCUAUAGGAUGCAGUGACAAUUCUGUACAUAUCUGGGAUAUGUUGAGGUGUUCUCUGCUUUCCACAGUAAGAUGCUCAGAAAGGUGUUUGUUGUACUCCAUGAGGAUUUGGGGCAAUGAUGUUGGAUCUCUCUACGUGGCAUCUGGUACAAUCUUUAAUGAGGUUCUUGUUUGGAAAGUGGGCCGUAAAGCUGGUCCUGAUGUUAUUGGAAAUCCUACCAAAGACCCUUUGAAUUUGACCAGUUACAAGGAUCUCCAUCUUCCUUAUCAGCAAUAUGAAGCCAUAAAUAUAUGUAAAUUAACUGGACAUGAAGGUUCAAUUUUCCGCCUUGCAUGGUCAGCUGAUGGACUUAAACUAGUAUCUGUAUCUGAUGAUCGCAGUGCUCGUAUCUGGACACUUGGUGCUGAUGGUCCCAACCACAUCGUUGACGACUCAGUCUUAUUUGGUCACAGUGCUAGGAUUUGGGACUGCUGUAUAUUUGACUCUUUAAUCAUAACUGCUGGCGAGGAUUGCACAUGUCGUGUGUGGGGAAUGGAUGGCACACUACUUGCAAGAAUCAAAGAGCAUGUUGGGAGAGGGAUCUGGCGCUGUCUCUAUGAUCCUGAUGCGGCACUCCUUGUGACUGCGGGGUUUGAUUCUUCAAUAAAAGUACACCGGCUGCAAGCAUCGUUUUCUAAUGGAUCAGUAGGAGGUAUUGUGGAAGUACAAGACUCAACUGUCCAAAAGGAGGAAUUUGCUCUUUAUAUUCCAAAUUUUAGAGAGCAUGUUGGCCUCAUGAACAGCAAAAGUGAAUAUGUAAGAUGCUUGCAUUUUUCUCGGGAGGAUUCUCUUUAUGUUGCCACAAACAAUGGAUAUCUGUACCAUGCAAAACUAUAUGACGCCAAGGAUGUGAAAUGGACUAAACUUCUUCAUAUUGGGGAGGAAGGACCAAUAGUUUGCAUGGAUUUGUUGUCAUGCUAUUCUAAUGUUACUAAAGAUGUCGAAACUUGGGUAGCUGUUGGCAAUGGUAAAGGCACUAUGAUGAUUGCCAAUGUUGUUGGUGAUGUCUUGAAUCCUAGAGUUGAACUCACUUCUACAUGGUCAGCUGAACCAGAGAGGCAACUACUUGGAACUUUUUGGUGCAAAUCUUUGGGACCAAUGUUCCUCUUCACUUCUGAUCCUAGAGGCACAUUGAAAUUAUGGAGGCUGUUCAACCCUUUGCCCUCUGUUUCUCACGAUGUCAUGAGAAGGUGUUGUGUAUCUUUAAUAGCAGAAUUCCUCUCAUGCUUUGGGAUGCGAAUAAUGUGCUUGGAUGCAUCAAUAGAGAAUGAGGUUCUAGUGUGCGGUGACAUUCGUGGUAAUCUUUUGUUAUUUCCAUUGCAAAGAGACAUUCUAUUUAGCAUGUCUGCAGCUUCGGAAAUAAAUAUAACUCCCCUCAACAACUUCAGAGGAGCUCAUGGAAUAUCAACUGUGUGUAGCAUCUCCAUUGCUAGUUUUAGUCCUACACAACUUGAAAUUCAUUCGACUGGAGGAGAUGGGUGCAUAUGCUACUUUGAACAUGAUAGAAGUCGUCAUGACUUGGAAUUCGUAGGGAUCAAGCAAGUGAAAGAGCUAAGUACAAUACGAUCAGCCUUCACUAAUGCUGACCAACAAGAUGAUUUACCUAGCGGGAGCUGUGCGAUAGGAUUUUCUUCAUCAGAUUUUAUCAUAUGGAAUUUAAUAUCUGAGACAAAGGUUUUGCAAGUAACUUGUGGUGGAUGGAGGCGCCCUCAUUCUUAUUUUCUUGGUGAUGUACCAGAAAUGAAAAAUUGCCUUGCAUAUGUCAAGGAUGGAAUCAUUUAUGUUCAUAGACACUGGGUGACCACUAAUGAGAGGGUGAUGUAUCCCAAAAAAAUUCAUCUGCAAUUCCAUGGCAGGGAGAUACAUACCUUAUGUUUUAUCUCUCGAGAUUCAUCGUGCAGUCCAAAUGAAAAACAGGAUACUUCUUCUGAGAUGAUUUGGGUUGCAACAGGUUGUGAAGAUGGGACUGUGAGAUUGACAAGGUAUGCUUCAGAAACUGAAAAUUGGUCAACUUCCAAGCUGCUUGGUGAACAUGUUGGUGGAUCAGCUGUGAGAUCUAUAUUCUUUGUCUCAAAGCUACAUAGAAUGGUGCUGGAUGCAAAUGACAUGCCUGAGAGCGUUAACAGUGAAAAAUGGUUCUUAGAGGACCCAGAGGAUUGUUCUUUACUAAUAUCAGUAGGUGCAAAAAGGGUAGUAACUGCUUGGAAACAAAAAAGUAAGAUGAGAAUAAGGGAAGGAACCCUUGACACAGAGUGCAAUAUUAAAAAUGAUUUACAUUUUCAUGGUUUAUUAUCAUCUGCAUCUUUCCAGUGGAUUUCUACUGAUAUGCCAACCAGAGAAAGAAAUCAUGGAAAACAACAAAUCAAAAAAGUUAGUGGAACAGUCGAAAAUGGCGGAUCAUUUUCCUCAGAAGACAAGAGAAGCUAUUCAGAAACAUGCGUUCCAGAUAUAUUUGAAAAUGAUUGGAGAUAUCUCGCAGUUACUGCUUUUCUUGUUCAGGUUGCAGGCACCAGGUGUUCAGUCUGUUUCGUAGUUGUUGCAUGUUCAGACGCCACAGUUACACUACGAGCUCUUUUAUUACCCUAUCGACUUUGGUUUGAUGUUGCUUUGUUGACUCCUUUGUCAUCUCCAGUGCUUGCUUUGCGACAUAUCGUUGUUCCUACAUGUCCCCCUGUUCAAGGCAAUAUUCAAUUUGGAAGUCGGUAUAUUAUUAUUAGCGGAUCUACUGAUGGAAGUAUUACCUUUUGGGAUCUUACCGAUCAUGUUGAAAAUUUUAUGCGGCAAUUAUCAGCACUUCAAAUCGGAAAAGUUCUAGACAGUCAGAAAAGGCCACGUACGGGUAGAGGAAGCCAAGGUGGACGACAGUGGAGAUUGUUGGCCAGUAAAGUUUCUAAUAAAACAACAAGUGAUGAACAAUUGUCGGAAUUUCCUGUUUCAAAGGGAAAGCCGGAUAAUGGUUGUUGUGCAACAACUGUCGCAGGAACCGACAAAAAUGUGCAACAUCAUGCUUUGCAAGGGAUUUCCCAUUCGGUAGAAAACACACAUGUAUUUUCUCCAGACACCUCCACUAGCAUUAAGGAAGUAUUACAGAAAGCAUGUCCCUUGCAUGUCUUCAAAGAUGUUCACCAAUCAGGGGUUAACUGUCUUCAUGUUUCAGACAUAGAUGGUCCUGAAGCUUCUGAUCAUAGGUUUAAAUUUUAUGUUCUGAGUGGGGGUGAUGACCAGUCACUUAACUGUCUUAGAUUAGAUUUCUCUCUGACAUCAAUGAGGCAUAGUUCUGAAAAGUCAACUUUGGAGCAAAAUAGCACCAGCACAUCACAGAAUGUAGGUGGUGAUGUUCAUAAUUAUCAAGUGGGAAAUCAUGAUAUUAAAUUUAAGUUGCAUGAUAAAAUCGCUUCAGCUCACAGCUCUGCAGUCAAAGGUGUUUGGACAGAUGGUCGUUGGGUAUUUUCUACUGGUCUUGAUCAGCGCAUCAGGUGUUGGCAUCUCGAACAGCGAGGCAAAUUAACUGAGCACAAACAUAUGGUUGUUAGUGUACCGGAGCCUGAGGCAUUGGAUGCUAGGGCCUGUGGAAGGAACCAUUAUCAGAUUGCAGUCGCUGGGAGGGGAAUGCAGAUGUUUGAUUUCGCUGCACCUGAUGACAUGAAGGGUGGAAAUUAAGUUUUCUCCGUAUUGUAUUGCACAUUAUGAGGAAUACAAAGUGGGCGGAGUUUCCUCCGUUUUGAGUAAGAAGUAUGAAUACUGUAGCAUAUGUUAUUAUACAUACAAGAAAUUCUUAUUUCUUGUAGACUGUAUCAUUAAUAAUUGGUACUUUAUUAGUCAUUCAGAAGGUAAAUUAUAUGAGGUACCAACAAUUAGUUAUUAGGUAGCUUUUGCAGGCCAAGAAAACACUAAUGAUUAGUGAGAUACCUGAGAAUUUGUAUAAUAUCCUGUGGCAUCUUAGAAGGUGAAACUUUUGAUGUAUCUUUCACCA